CUACGCAUGCGUGGUAUGCCCCAGUGGCGUAGGACCUGCUUCACACCCUACUCGCCGCAGGGCGGGGUCUUCUGCUGUCCGAGUGUUCCGGCUGCUGUGGCCAUGGCUGCUUGGCGCACCGAGAGGGUCCUGGCCGCCCUGGGGGUGCUUAGCGUUUGCGCGGCCAUUAGCUCCGGGCCCUUGGCGCCGGGCGAGCCGGGUGGGGAGGUGGAGUGGGCGGAGCCGUGGGACGGCGCGGUUUUCCGGCCGCCCGCCGCGCUGGGCGCGGUGGGGGUGGCACGCGGCCCCGAGCCGCCGCCGGGCCGCGAGCACACGGCCGACCUGCCGGUGUUGCUGUGGUGGAGCCCAGGACUGUUCCCCCACUUCCCAGGCGACUCGGAGCGCAUCGAGUGCGCGCGCGGGGCGUGCCUAGCGUCCCGAGACCGGCGGGCGCAGGCCGAGCCACGGACGCGCGCUCUGCUCUUCUACGGCACCGACUUUCGCGCGGCUGACGCCCCGCUGCCGCGCCAGGCGCACCAGAGCUGGGCGCUGCUGCACGAGGAGUCUCCGCUCAACAACUUCCUACUGAGCCACGGCCCUGGCAUCCGCCUCUUUAACCUGACGGCCACCUUCAGCCGCCACUCGGACUACCCGCUGCCGCUGCAGUGGCUGCCCGGGGCCGCCUACCUGCGCCGGGCGGCUCCCCCGCUCCGGGAGCGCGCCGAGUGGCGCCGCCGCGGGUACGCGCCGCUGCUCUAUCUGCAGUCGCACUGCGACGUGCCCGCCGACCGGGACCGCUACGUGCGCGAACUCAUGCGCUACAUCCCGGUGGACUCGUAUGGGAAGUGCCUGCAGAACCGCCAGCUGCCCACCGUUCGGUUACAGGACACGGCCACGGCCACCGGCGAGGAUCCAGAGCUCUUGGCCUUCUUGUCCCGCUACAAGUUCCAUUUGGCCCUGGAGAAUGCCAUCUGCCAUGACUACAUGACGGAAAAACUGUGGCGCCCCAUGCACCUGGGGGCCGUGCCGGUGUACCGCGGCUCACCCUCUGUGAGGGACUGGAUGCCCAACAACCACUCCAUCAUCCUAAUCGAUGACUUUGAGUCCCCUCAAAAGCUUGCCGAGUUUAUUGACUUUCUGGAUAAGAAUGAUGAGGAGUAUAUAAAAUACCUGGCGUAUAAGCAACCCGGCGGCAUCACCAACCAGUUUCUUCUGGAUAGCCUGGAGCACCGGGAGUGGGGAGUGAAUGAUCCUCUCUUGCCUAACUACCUCAAUGGCUUUGAGUGUUUCGUCUGCGACCAUGAGCUGGCUCGGCUGGAUGCUGAGAAAGCACAUGCAUCCUCUCCUGGGGACAUCCCUGUUCCCGAGCCUCACGUUGCCCAGCCUUCACACAUGAACUGUCCAGUGCCCACCCCUGGCUUUGGCAAAGUGGAAGAGAUUCCUGAGAAUGACAGCUGGAAGGAGAUGUGGCUGCAGGAUUAUUGGCAAGGUCUGGACCAGGGGGAAGCACUCACUGCCAUGAUCCACAACAAUGAGACACAGCAGAAGAAAUUCUGGGAUUAUCUACAUCAGAUCUUCAUGAAGAGAAAUCAAAAUCUCUAACUGCCCUUGGAAGAUGAACUUUUAACUUGGAAGAUAUAAGGAGACUGUUCUACCUUGGCAACCUGAGGUGCAUCUACCGGACAAGACUUUGGUCAACAUUGUCUUAUCAUGAUUUGAUAUAGUGACUGAUUUUUUUUUCCCCCUUAUGCUAGAGAUGGAACCUGGGGUUUUCAGCAUGCUAGGCAAGUACUCUAUCAAUGAGCCACAUACUCAGCCCUUUCCACUUUUAGGUUUUGUUUGUUUUCGAAACAAAACCAGCCCUGACUGGUUUGGAACAUACUAUGUAGAACAGGUUGGCCUUGGACUCAUGGCAGUCUACCUGCCUCUGCCUCCCAAGUGCUGGGAUUAAAGGUCUGUGCCACCAUCCUCAGCCUCUCUGCUUUAUCUGAAUGGUAUGUAGCCAGUAUCUCAUCCUGUGGGAAUAGCCUCUCCUCACCAAGGGGUAGACACCUGAAACACCCAUGUGACACAAAGUCCUAGCCAACAGAAUUUUUAAAGGACUUUAUACACCUCUAGAGGUUUCAUAUUCUCACAUGUGGGUAAAAUGGGCCACAGGAUCUAAAACUUACAUUCUACUCCCCAUAUCUCCUAAUUUAGUACCUUUCUUGAUAAUUUCCUUUUCUCGUCUUGCUUUUUUAUUUUUUGUCCCUUUGAGACAGGGUCUCCCUGUGGCCCCAGCUGACCUGGAACUCACAGAGAUCCUCUUGCCUCUGCCUCCCCCUGAGUGCUGAGAUUAAACGCAUGUGCUACCACACCUGGCCCCUCAGCUUGCUUAAAAGAUAUUUUAAUUGCCUUUCAUAUCAAAUGUUUUUAUUUUUAAUGGAUUUUUCUUUCUGUUUUUAGGCCUUUUCCCAUAAUUUCAGAUGGAGAUCCACAAACCUUUCUGUUGUUCUGAUUGCUUAUAAACAAUAUACAACACUAAUAUCAA